AUGGACACCAAUUACACUACUCAGGCAGUUGUCCAAUCUAAAGACAACUCAAUGAAUACCGCAAAAGACUUCCGGAAGUCAAUCAAACGAACUUCAACUCAAGAGAGCCUUACUAUCAAGAAAAUCCUCAAGAGUGAUGAGGCUCAGAAGCUUCAUCCAGGAUACCUGCGUUUAAGAAACUCAUUCUGGAGCACGACUUACAACAUCGGUGCCGCUACCGCUUCCUAUGUAACUCAACCUUUCAGUAAACUCGGCCAGACAUUGAUGCUGCCAACACAGCUUGCGCGCAGCCUACUCUUCGGGACUAAGGCCGACCCAUCCAGUGGGACUUUGACAGUUUGCGACAAUCGCACCCAGCGGCGGUACGAAAUCCCAAUCAACCGAAACGCAAUCAAAGCACUCGAACUCCAAAAGAUCAUUUCCGUCCAGGCUGGUGUCAACUCCGUCAGUUAUUGCGGUUUGAAAAUCCUGGAUCCUGGGUACCUGAAUACCGCCUGCGUCGAGUCGAACAUUACCUAUAUCGAUGGCGGACAUGGAUCUAUCCAUUACCGCGGCUACUCGAUUGAAUGCCUUUUUGAGAACCACGACUAUGAGGAGGUUGUCUUUCUCUUGAUCUGGGGUCAUCUCCCCGACGCGAAUGAGAAGAAUACCUUCCGGCGUAAAAUUGCUGCCGGCUGCAUCCCCCCUCCUCACGUUGUUGAAGUCAUUGAGUCUUUUCCUCGAGAUUCCUUGACGAGCACAAUGGUCUUUGCUGGCAUGGCCGCCUAUGCUAGCCAUGACGAAGGUGCCAUUGCCACACUCCAGUCCGGACGACCAGCGUUCAUGGGCCAGGCUGACAAGGUCGAUGAAGCUCUCAUCGGCUGCAUCUCUGCUCUCGCCACUGUUGUCGCCCUUGUAUACUGCCGCAAGCGCAAUAAGACCUUCACCCCUGCCGAUCCCGAAGAGUCUUUCAUCGCCAACAUGUUGCGCAUGAUGGGCUUCCAUGAAGACAAACACAGUAACAAGCCUAAUCAGGAGAUUGUCAAAUGCUUCGAGAAGCUCUGGAUCCUCUACGCUGACCAUGAAAUGACCAACUCGACCGCCGCCUUCUUACACGCUGCCUCGACCCUGACAGAUCCCCUUGCGUGCUGUAUCUCUGGUCUUGUGUCCGGGUAUGGCCCGCUCCACGGAGGCGCCAUCGAACUAGCCUACAAGGCCUUUGAGGAUCUCAAGACCCCGGAAAACGUGCCGUUGCUGAUAGCGGACGUCAAGGCCAAGAAGCAGCGUCUCUUCGGGUACGGCCACCGCAUCUACAAGGCCGUGGACCCCCGAGCCAAGUUCAUCCGCGCCAUGAUCGACCAGUACAAGGACAGAGUGGAGUCGAAUCCUUUGCUUUCCAUCGCGAUGGAGAUUGACCGCGUCGCCAAUGCCGACAAGUACUUUACGAGCCGUAACUUGAAGGCUAAUGCAGACCUUUACGGGUGUUUCCUGUACACUGCCUUUGGCUUCGAAACCGACAUCAUCGUGGCCAUGGCAAGCUUGUCACGCAUGCCUGGGGUGUUGGCGCACUGGCGUGAGGCGAUGCUCGAAAAGGGUCCCAUGUUAUGGAGACCGCAGCAGGUCUUUACCGCGAUCUUCGAGGCGACGACGAAUGGGAAAGAUGCCGGAGGCCUUAGGGCUGCAGGAGACAUGGGCGAAGUACCCGGCGAGGAUAAGACGCUUGCCCGAACCGGACAACAAUGUGGUCAGAUGGGGUGGGGUCUUAACUCCGGAGCUCCUCCAACAUUAUUGCAAUCAUACUUUCCAGAAGCUGCAGUUCCAUACAUCUUCACUACCGCAAUGCCGGCUGACUUCGCGUUCGUAACUGUCGGCAGUUCGGGACGGGCACAGCCCACAGACCGAUCAGUAAUUCGUAGUCGAUGUAUGAUCGGUAAGAAUCGACAAGAAGGCUCGCGGCGAUCCAUACAAGCUGCUCGUAAAGUGCAGAGGGCAGCCGCUCAAAUUGCGAGCGAGAAUGCCGGGCUUCAGUCGCUUCAUCAUUCGGCUUCCCCUAUCAAGCCUUGGCCUUGCACCGCGUAUAAUGAGAAGCAGCAAGCUGAAGAACAUUCUCAGGCUCCGAGCACGGGAGAGGUCGCUCAAGAUGAUACCUCGGCUUUGAUGCCUCCGGUCCCUCAUCCGCCACCCAGCGACAUGUCUCUGAUUCGCUUCGCAGAAGAGUUGGAAAGGCCAUCUCAGGAAAUACUCUUCAGAUUGGUCAACUUCAAUGCUCUUAAGGGCACCUUCUAUCCCAUUGAGCACUGCGUCGACCUCCCUCGCAGCGCGAACUCCGAAGCACUCUCAUUUUCUUGGAUUCUCCAGGACAAAAUCUUCCUACACAGCGCCUUAUUCUACUCAUCCGCCGUACAUGAACAUGUCCAGCGUCGUCAGCCAGGAAGAAUGACACAAUUUCAUCUCAGACGCACAAUCAGACUCCUCAACGAGGCGCUUUCUCAACCAGACUCACAUCGUAACGAGGCAAUCUUCCAUGUCAUACUCACUCUAGCCUUGAUGGCAGGUCUUUGGGGUGACUUCAGCACCACAGCCGUACACCUGUCAGGCUUACGGCAGAUCGUACGCCUUCGUGGAGGGCUCAAGUAUCUUCGAAGUCAUUCGAAGCUACAUUUUAAGCUCGAUCGCCUGGCUCUCUCAUGGUCUCUUGGCACGGGAGGUACGCCUUAUUUCUUCACCGGCCCUAUCGGUUGGAACUCAUGCUUUGACGCGCAGUCGGGGAACCCAACUUGCGAAGCUGAGCCCUUCUCUUGCAAUGUUGUGAAUGACUGGAGGCUGGCUGUUGUAUGGCAAGACCUCAGACACUUGGUGAACUUGAUCAACGAUCACCUCGCCUGUAAUUCGCUGCUUGACGGCUCGCUUUUCCAAGACUCUUUGGGAUCAAUCCAAACACGACUCGUACACCUGAAGAACGGAAUCGAUGACCGAUCAGAUGAAUGCCUCCGACUUGGGAUGUUGGCCUUUCUGUCAACCACUUUGCAAAUCCCAGGCGGCAAGUUUCCUUAUAAGUAUCUCACUGGGAGCCUCAGAAACUUAUGCGAGACUAUCAACAUUGAAAUAAUUGCAGACGACAACAUUCUGUUCUGGCUUUUGAUGAUGUGCGCGAUCUCCGUCUUUGAGGCCGAGAAGGCUUGGUUACGGCCUCUGUGGGUAAGAUCAGGAGCAGAGCGCUUGUCGUGGGACAGCGCAAGAUCUCGGUUGCAGGCCAUCAUGUGGAUAGACAGAUUGCAGGGAGAACUCGGCAGCAAAAUUUGGGCGAAGCUUGCUUUGAUAGAAUGGGUCACCAUCAUGUUGAUUGCUUUGGACCAUUGCUUGGAAUUAGUACCUUACGUAAUGGCUGAACGAAACGCAACUCGCUGUUCGGGUGUUUUCUUUUCCGACGGGACUCCAGCGGAAAGGAACCUAGAAGGCACCUUGGAACCUCCUCUGGCCCCAGCUUGCAUUGGACAGAGUACGGUAGGCUGGUCAGUGCACCCAACACGCCCAACUGGUGUCGCUGAGCCGGACCGCGACCAAGACACCUCCAGCCUUCGCUCUCCGACUACCCUUCUUACCGAAUUUCAUCGACAAUCCAUAGCCUUCGCACAGGAGUUAUCUCUAGCCUUGAUCUACUUCGCUCGGCAACAGUGCGAUUAUCGGGAUUUCUCUCCGGGGCAUCUCAGCCUCCCAUACCCGCAUCAGCUUCCAUCCUGCUCGCCUUUGAGCACCGGCAAGAUGGCUUCAAAGGAUGACAAGGCGUUCAAGUAUCGCCAGGAGAUCAGCCAGGUGAGUGAAGAUACUGUGGAUUUUGUUUCUUUUGAUCUCGUCCUGCUUUGCCAUUCUGGAGGAGCCACAGGCACACGGCAGCUAGCGACCUCAAAACUGGAAGUCCACCCGUCUCAACACGCGAACCCUCACGCUUGGAUGCUCGACUGGCCUAUACGACAGCCUCUGCUCUUUCCAAAUAUGAGCGCCUCCUAUCUUCUCGAGGUGAAGCUACUUCGAAAACACUCUACUCGGCCCAAGAGAGACAUCUACGCCAAUGAGGAGCAGGGAGGAGCAAUCGUUUAUGGAGGCGGCUGCCUCAUGAGCCAACUCGUCGGAUGCCUUGAAAUGACUCUCGGCAUCUUUGAACAAUGCACCAAACCGCUGGCCGAUGAUAGCAGCGCCGAGUCUGGGACUAUUACGAAGAAACCGAAAUACCCCAGGCGCUCUAGAGCAAAGGCGGCGGUCGCUGCGCGUGUCCAGCGCCAGAGCAUGGAGCUGUUUCAAUCCGCCUUCGACCAAGUUCGUGGCAUCGUGGUCAACUCCGGCUUUAAGUCCAUCCUUGAUCUCCCGUAUGGAGAAGAGAAGAAGCAAAGGGUCACGCGUCCAGCGCCAAACAAGCCUGCUUUCGUUUUGCCUCAGCGUUUGAAUAACCAGGGGCCGUAUGGCUGGUCAGACCGUCUUACUAAUGUUGCGCGCAAGAUGAUGUACGUCUCUGGCGAGACUGCCGAACCGUCGAUUGAGACGACUAGCAUGAUUGAGGACAUUGUGCGCCAGCAAGUUAUUGAGCUGCUUCGAAACUGCACUGAGCUUGCGGCUCGCCGCGGCGCCCGAGCCAUCACGAUUAAUGACCUGAUCUUCCAAAUCCGCCACGAUCAAGCUAAAGUUUCUCGUCUGCGUACGUUCCUCUCAUGGAAAGAUGUCCGGAAGAACGUCAAGGAUUCCGACGACAAGGGAGGUGAAGCGGACCUGGGAGCUGGUGAAGAUCCCAGCGGUGGCGUGGUCCCUGGUGGCCCGGUCGACGACGCUACCAAGAAGAACAAAAAGGCCAAGGUCGGCCUGCCCUGGGAACCGUCCUCAUUCUACAGCCAGGAAGUCCCUGAGCGUGACGACGAGGAGGAUGAAGAAGAGGAGGAGAUGAACUUCAUUACCCUUCAACGUCUUCGCAAGGCCGACGAGCGCACAAAAGCCAUGACGAAGGAGGAGUAUGUGACAUGGUCCGAAUACCGUCAAGCUUCGUUCACGUACCGCAAGGGCAAAAGAUUUCGAGAAUGGGCUGGAUUUGGUAUUGUCACAGACAGCAAACCUUCUGACGAUAUCGUUGAUAUCUUGGGUUUCUUGACCUUCGAGAUGGUCCAGACCCUGACUGAGCACGCGCUCAAGGUCAAGGAGCAAGAGGAUCUAUUCAAGGCACAGAGCGGCGGUGAAAAUGCAGGAUCAAAGAAGCGCAAGGUGGCCACCGGCCUGUUCGACCCGCCGAGCGAGGGAAGAAGUCCCAUUGAGCCUCGUCACGUUCAGGAAGCCUUCAGGCGCCUUCAGCAGCGACCCAAGAAAACUCGAGCCAUGCUCAACGGAACCAGGCUUCCACAGCAUACCGCGCUCAAUAUUCUCGACGAAGACACCCAUUUGACGAGUGCAGUUCUUCUCCCGCUCAGCCACUGCUCUCGAGCAAUUGGACCUAGUUUGAUGAGAUACAAAAGUAGCGAGGACUGGUUUAUACGUCAGGUAUCCACCCGCUUUCGAACACCCCCUGGUCCCUCCCACUUGGGCACGAACAAGUACCCCGCAGUGAGGCGCAAGCUCCAGCCAUCCCACCAACCUGUGCCGAUUAGAUAA